CCCUCCUUAGCAAGGCUACACAGUGCAAACUGGGGAAGGGGGAUUUUUUCCCCACCUCCUUUGGGGGUGAAAUGAGUCGCCAUCAGCCAGGACUGCGGUUCCUUCCACCUCACUUCCACCCGGGUUGGGGAGACCCUCCAGGGCCCCUUGGUCCCCAGAAGAUCCAUCCCUGCCUGUACGCACCAAGAGGCAAAGACGAGGCGUGCUAUUUGGGAUUUGAUGCUGAGAAAUAUCCGCCCCCCCAGGCUGAGGUGCCCUUUUUCUCCAAGCUGGAGCCCGGAUCUGGUUCCAGCAGCCCUGGGAGUGGACCUGGUCACCGCUUCGGCGCCUCGCUGCCGCCGUAUCUGUCCAUCAGACCAUCAGGGUCCCAACCGGCUCCUCUGCCUACUGCCUUCACUCCCUCCGCUGUGCAGGGGCAUCCGCGGGAAGGUAACUCCCCAGGCUCCUGCUCAGACACUGAGAAGGGGGAUUAUGAGGUGUCGCUCAUACUGAAGCCCGCCUAUGGAUCUGAGACACCUAGCAGAGAAGAUCAGUCCUUUUUUCCGCAGGAAGCUCCAUCUUUAGACAGGUCUAAAGAUGAUAAAACAGCACAAGAAAUCCAAGCCAACCCCGCUGCCAACUGGCUGCACGCCCGCUCCUCUAGAAAAAAGCGAUGCCCCUGCACGAAAUACCAGACGCUGGAACUAGAGAAGGAGUUUUUGUUCAAUAUGUACCUCACCAGGGACCGCAGACACGAAGUGGCCAGACUCCUCAACCUGAGUGAAAGACAAGUCAAAAUCUGGUUUCAGAACCGCAGGAUGAAAAUGAAGAAGAUGAACAAGGAACAGGGCAAGGAGUGAACCACAGCAAAGCCCCUCUGCCCCCUCCCCGCCCCCCGGUCCACUCCCUAGGCCCCUUUCCCAGCUGAUGCUGCCAUCCUGCCCCAGUGCUGAGAAAUAAACAAUGACCGUGGGCUUUUU